AUGUCCGACGUGAAGCCAAAGCCCGGCAGGUUAUCCCUGUUCGGACUAAUUAAAGAGGUAUUCAACUGGUAUCCUUCACACUAUCCAGCAGAAGAGAGAAAAUUACUCUUCAAGUUGGAUCUUUCAAUCCUGGUAUUUGCCUGUCUAUGUUUCUUUGUCAAAUACUUAGACCAAACAAACAUCAGCAAUGCCUACGUGAGCGGUUUGAAGGAAGACUUCGGUCUUUACGGCAACGAACUUAACUAUUUCAAUAUCUGCUACUACACAUCAUAUGUUGUGUUCCAAAUCCCCGGUCUACUCUUGAUGUCGCGCCCGCAAUUGGCCCGAUGGCUACUCCCCACCCUCGAAGUUCUAUGGGGUAUUUGCACAUUUGCUCAAAGCCGAGUCACCAAUGUCCAUCAGAUGUACGCACUUCGUGUUUUGGUAGGAAUGCUUGAGGCGCCUGUGUUUGCUGGCACACACUUCGUUCUUGGCUCAUGGUACUCGGGCCCAGAGCUCUUCAAGCGAGCAGGAACUUGGUUCAUCAUGAACCCCGCGGGUUCAGCUAUUAGCGGGUAUCUACAAGCAGCAGCGUACACCAACCUCUCCGGCGUUGGUGGCAUGCCCGGAUGGAGAUGGCUGUUCAUCAUUGAUGGUGUUUUUACUAUUCCGGUCGCCCUCAUCGGGUUCAUUAUUUUCCCUGGUAUCCCUGGAUCGCCAAAGCCGUUCUUUUUGACAGAUAGGGACAUUGUCCUAGCCAGAGAGAGGACAGAAAGGGCCAAGAUUCGCAGACCUGGAAAGAUGAGUCUUGAUGUUUUCAAGAGAACUUUCAAGCGAUGGCAUAUUUGGCUCUUUGUUGGCUGCUAUAUUUGCAUGAUUGUUUGUUCAUAUCCAGCUGGUUACAUGAACCUGUGGCUUAAAGCCGAGGGAUAUACCGUAAAACAAAUCAACCAGCUCCCAACUGUCACCUAUGGUGUCCAGAUUGUUGCUUCCUGGCUGGGAACCACAUUAGCGGCGAUAUACCCGGCGUGGAUUAUCUUCACUAUUGCGUCUGCAUUCUGCUUGUUUUCGACUAUCAUCAUGAUAGUUUGGAGCGUGCCCACUGGACUAAAAUUCGCGGCAUGGUACUUCAUGGGGGCUGCGGGAUGUUUGAGUCCUAUAUUGUAUUCAACGAUCAAUACAAUUGUCAAGGAUGACUCUGAAGAACGAGCACUUAUCAUGGGCGCUAUGAUGUCGGUGGGCUAUUCGUUCAAUAUCUGGGUUCCGCUAUUAGCAUUCCCAACAGCCGGUCCGAACGGCGCACCAAGAUGGCGACAUGGAUGGCCGGUAUCCUUCGUUUUCUACUUCCUUUUAUGGGCUGGUUUUGUUCUCGCUGUUUUGAUUCACCGAAGACAACAAAAGAAGGGAAAUUCGGAAUUGUCUCAAGAAAGCAGUGAUGAAGAACGGGAAACAGUCGUAGUUGAUGCAUCAUCAACUGUCAAGACUUAG